AUGGCUCUCCUUGGAGACCCGGGACGUCUGAUCCUCUGGAAGUGGCGGGGACGGCUCAAACAUGGACGGCGAAACAGCUAUGAAUACGAAGACCUGCCGGCCUUGGCCUCUCAGCUCUCCAAAGAGUCUCAAGCGGAUCCUACGAGCCCUCUAUACUCACGAGCUCGUGUUGUCUCAAACCCAAGCCCCAGCAUAGGCAAAGUACCGCUGUCAGCCGGUCCUCAUCGAACGUCGUUUGGUGUCGAGAAUUCUAAUGGACCAGCGAGCCAUUAUCGGAGCGGGAGUAGCAGCUCAUACGCAGGUCAUAGAAGUGGCAUCGCUGGCAACGCUGGUCAUGGACCCAUACCGUCCACGACAGGCCCAGGAAGUCCGAGAGCAUUUGGCCCAUAUGGAGCGCACGCGAGGUCGCCCAGUUCGACAAGUGAUAUCGCAGCUUCACCAUUCAGAACCUCCUUUUCCCCUGUAAAUGGCGAGCUGGCAAACGGUACGACGCCCUACAAUGCCGCGCCGAAUGGCGGUAAUGCGUCCCCGCCACCGUCGUCUGCUGGCGCGCAGUCAAAAAGGCACGGACGUAUACACUCGCGAAAUCUUUCUAUAUUCUUCCCCCGCCCAGGAGCCUCGGCUGUCCCCUCCAUCGCCGAGGAUGGUGCCCAAGAAAUAGACGCACCAGAGACGCUUAUAGUCACAAACUCUUCUACACCAAUCUCUGGACAGACACGUGGCUCAAAAGGGACCACACCGCAUUCUGCCUCUGUCCCAUCUCGAAACCAGCUAGGCCAAGGUUUCAAAUUUGGAGGUCGUCCACCUUCGACUUCAACGAGACAUUCACCUCCAAUUACGAGUGCCAUGGAGCAAACUUCAACGUCAACCAGCACCGACCACGGCCCCAGCAGCGUUCCAAUGUCCAAAGUCGGAACUCCGGUUUCGGCAAAUACGACAUCAUCACGAAGAGGUCACCACCAUCGCCACUCACUCUCUCAUAGCUUCUUCUCGUUUAUGGAACCUGCACCCUCAGCCGGCAUGUCGUCGCCAGGCUUUACCCCUCAGCAUCGCAAGCAGCCUUCCAAUAACCUGAGAGUCAAUGUUCUUAAUGCUUCUCCGAGCCUGAAUGGUCCCCCAUUGUCGGCAAUCAGCCAGUCGAAUGGUUGGGGACCCCUUUCUCCCUUUUCGGCCACCGCAUCUGCCUUUCCUCCAGCCCAGCUCAUCCCUCCAAAGCGAACCGUUUCCCUCAACGCCGCGGCAGCACUACCUAAUCCUUCCACCCAGAGGUCUUCAACGUUCCUCCAGAAACUCAUGGAGCUACCCCAACACCUGCGACAAGGACUCGUGUUUAGUGUGGCAGAGGGAACGGUUGGGUGUCUUUUGUGGAUCUUAGGACAACACGCAGAAAGCCUUGCAUGUACGGCGUUGGCGUAUUGGGUCGUUUUCGAUGCGCUGGGAGCUGCACUCGGGGUAUAUGGAAGGCUUGUUGAUGCUGGGGCCAGUGGUGGCAGCCUCAAAUUGCCUUAUGGUGCUAAACGUAUAGAGACUGUCGCUUUGUUCGCUCAGGCCGUCUAUCUAUUGUUCUCGGCGGUUUAUAUCUGCAAGGAAACCUUGGAACACGCUCUCUUAUCCGCAGGAGAUGCUGGUCAUCAUCACCAUCAUGCCCCAGGCCAGAAUUUUGAACUUGAUUCAGGGCCGACAUAUCCCGUCACGUUAUUAUGGCUCUCAUUUAUGUUCUUAUCUUUAUCAAGCACUCUAUUCAAGAACAACCUUAAAAUUCUAGACGCAACCGGCAUCUACUUGCCGUCUGUUCGACACGUCCUCCGCUCCCUAUCUCCUUCAAACCCAGUUGCCAUCACCAAAUUCCGACCAUCCUCGACGCUACUUCUAUCCAACCCUUACACACUGUUCCCCGUCAUCUGCACUGGCCUCCUCAUCUCUAUCUCGACAUUCCCAAUGUCCAUCGAAUCACAGAAAGCAGCAGAUAUGCUCGUGGCAGGCAUCGAAGCGGCAGGUACUGCUUGGCUCGCCUGGCCAGCGUGUCUGGUCCUUGGCAAAGUGCUCCUCCAAACCGCACCCGAGCGUUCUCCUUCGACAGCCGAGACGCUCACCGCAACCAAGGGUACGAUGGAGGCGCUAUUGCGGACGAUGAAGGAGAUUGAACGACACCCACAAGUGCUCCACCUGCCAGCGCCGCAUGUAUGGCAGCUCUCACCUCCUUCACAAUACUUUAGCUCCGUGGGGGCAUAUUCAACUGCUUGGGAGGGGAAGAUGAAGGAUAGUGAUGAUGACCUACACCGGAGUGACAUGAAUGGUCAUAGCCGCGACUCACUUCACCCCACAUCGUACUCGCGAGCCCGAGGGCGACCCGUUACCUCUGCGGCGGGAGGUCAGGUCAUUGUAACGUUGGAGCUUCAUGUCAGAAAAGAGUUGGAUGACGUAGAGUGUUUGGAGCUGACAAGGUGGGCGUGGCAGCGCUGCAUCAACGCUCUCGGACAGGGGGACCAGGGCGUGAGCGUGGGCAUUGUACGAGGCUAG